AUGGCCUAUUUGGUUCCCAAGUCUGCUGGUGAUGAUUGUGUGAUUCAGAGGGACCAAUGCAGAGAGCUGCUUGUCUUUUGGUGCUUUGAUGUUUACAAGAUCACAAGUGAAUCAAGUCAGCAAUCGGGAAAAGUGCGUUUAUCUCUUGGUGCCGUCAAUCUUUAUUUCAUUUCUGGUGGUUGCUUACCAAGCAACGGCUUUAUCCCAUCAUCUGGUUCUUCUCAUUAUCAGCAAUUCGGUGAGCAUCCUGAAAUGAAGGUCUCUUAUCGAUUGAUCACAUCAGCAGCAAGGAGCUUUGGGAUUGAUGCCAUAGCAACGACAGUUUGCCAUUGUCAAGGAACCGGCUAUUGUCGAGAAAUUUCCACGUGUCGCUCCAUAUUCCAGCACGGACUUGAGCAAGGUCGUUAUGAAGAAGUAUGA